AUGCAAGAAAGUAGAAAAGACUGUCAUGCUUGGUUGACAUUGCUUGCAACAGCUCUCGUUCCAUUGAUGAUUGGUAUAUUUACUGUCGUGAUUACCAUACAACACCAAUCUUCGGCCGACAGACAACGCCAACAAGAACAACAACAAGCUGAUAAUCUUCAAAACGAACGAACAUUUUCUACUUAUGUUGAUGAUAUAUCAAAAUUACUGUUAACAAAAGAAGUCACGACGGAUAAUAAAGCUCUAUUGUAUAUUCGCACAAAAACUCUUUCAUCACUACGAAAACUCGAUACACAAAGAAGAAAAUAUCUGUUGUUGUUUUUAUAUGAAAGUCAACUUCUUCAAUAUGAUAAAACGAAGAAACAUGAUCGUUCUACAUUGAAUUUAGCGGGAGCUGACCUAAAUCAUAUUCAUAUAGAAAAACCGAAAAAUUUUAAUAAUUUAAGUCUACCCGGUGUUGAGCUGAACAAUGCAUCAUUUACUAAUUGUCAUCUACAGCAUUCACGGUUUGCUGAUUCAAUAAUGAACGAUAUUAGAUUCACCAACUCAUUUCUACUAGGAACACGUUUCAGUCGUUGUUCGCUAGAACGAGCUGAUUUUCGUAACACAACAUUGACUCAUGUGAGUUUUAGAAGUGCAAUUUUGAGACAUGCCGACUUCACACGAGCAUGGACAAAAGCAGCUGAUUUCACAAAUGCUGAUCUAUAUGGAGCUUUGAUGACCGAAAAACAUCUUCAGGAAGCUGAAUUGCUUGACAAUGCACGGCUGCCAAACGGCUCAUUUGCCAUGAUUCAAGAAAAAAAUUUAGUGGUAAAUGGUGAAAACAUUGGUUGUGAUAAGAAAUUACUAUCCUCGUGGACAAUGGAAUCUGUUAUUAUCAAGACAUUUCAACAUUAUCGCUCAUCACCGAAUUGUUCUUUUGGAAUAGCUAAUUUAUCGUCGCUGAAUCCUACAUCUAUAGAGCAGCAAGUAGUAGUGGCUAAUUAUUCUGUUUUGAUUGAUUCGGGAAAAGCUAAAUAUAAUGUUUCGGGUUCAUUCGGUGGUAAUGCUUAUGCUAAAAUAACAUUUCAUACCCAUGCAGCAGUAAAAACUGGUAAACAGGUAAUGAUAGGUUUAGAUGAGCGCCAGAAUAAAACUGGAACCAUGAUAUUUCAACAGAAACUUGGUACAAUACCAGUGGAUACUCGACAGUUUGUUCUCGUUGUUUAUUUUAUGAAAAUUCCUGAAGGAAGGCAUAAUUUUGCUGUUUUUAAUAAUAUACGCAUCACAGCUCUACAUUUAGAACAUAGUCAUCAGAUGUCAAUUAACAAUUUAAGAUUUUAUCCAGCUCAUCGAUGUUUCAGUAAUGAAGUUAUUGAACAAAUCAAACAUUAUGAUAAAUAUAAAGUACCCCAACACAUUAUUCGAAACAUAUUGAUUGAUACGCAUCAGGAUAAAUUUUACAUAGUGAAGAAUAUUGGCAAUAUUUUGAAAGUAACGUCAAAUAAUACAAUCACACAAGAACUAGCUGUUCAAACAUGUUUAACUGAGAUGAAAGAAGCUGAUCUAACAGCAAAAAUCGAAGUUAUCGUCCAAAGAAAUUAUGAAUUAAAUAUGAUAUUUAUCGCCUGUACAAAAACGAAAAAUAAUUUUCAAAGAUAUGGAUAA